AUGGCCACCUCACAGACGGCAUCAGUCACCUCCUUCAAGAAUCCCAAGCUAAUGUCAAUACCUGACGUGGAGAUUGACAAGAGUGGCAAGUUCAAAUACAUUCUCAUCAAAGUUCAUGACCCUGACAUGGACCGGGAGUUUAAGCACAUUGUCCGGGGAACUGCUAAGGCAGCCUACCAUGCUGACAUUUAUGACAUGGUGGUUGGGCAGAUAGAGGAUAAAGGUCUGGACUGUGAGAUUCUUGGUGGUGGCAGGAUAGAACACGAUCCCUCCAAGAAGACCAUUAAAAUCUAUGGCUACUCGCAGCAAUAUGGACAGGCGGAUCAUUCCAUCACACACUCGAUAUUGUUGAGGAAGUUCAAAGACUAUGAUCACAUCACCUGGAGCAAUGAAGGUUACUGA